AUGACGGGCCGCAAGAGAAAGCAAGAGGAGGAGGAAGAGCUCGUCUCGCUCCCCAGCGGCGAUGAGGAGGAGGAAGAGUAUGUAGAGGAUGAAGAUGAAGAUGAGCUCGACGAUGAGGAAGAAGAGGAAGAAGAGUUCAGCGAGGAAGGUGAAGGUGCCGAGGGAGACGAGGAGAACGAAGAAAAUGCCGUCCCAGGACGGCCCCCCGGUCGUCGAAGCGACCCACAAGAACGGCCACCGCCUGCGAACGGCCAUGGAAGAGGGUUAAGGCGGCCGAGGGUGAGGAGGAGGAAGAGUUUGAUGAAGAAGAUGAGGAAGACGAGGAGGCCGAAGGCGAGGAGGACGAAGAGGAGGAAGAUGAUGCCGAGGAAAGAGGAGGUGCCUACAAAGGGCGUCGGUAAGGUCGCGGCUCAUGUCGCCGCCAAGGCUGAUGCAAAAGCCGUUGCUGCCGGCAGCGACGAGGAGGACUAG